AAGAUUCAUGUUAUUUUAUUAGGUUCUGGGCAGUGUGAAUUGGUUCCUAUUUUUAAUUAACUGAUAGACUUGUUUCAGUUAAAUGGUUGAAUGGCCUGGCUGAGAAAACUAUAGGACUCUUCAAGUUUAGACUAUUCAACGUUAGCCCAGUUAGUCCAGUGCCAAAAUGUCAGGGGGAGUGAGUAUGUGCAGACCUGAAAUCGAGUGCUGGCUCCUGCAAGAGACAUCCCAACAGAAAAUAACAUAGAGACAUGGAUACAUGGCUUUACAUUAUGAUGCAAUCCUGCCUAGUUCAUGAAGUUUACAAGCUUUUGAAGACUAACUGGAUGUUACCUCUAUGCAUUUAAAAUUUCUAUUUUUUCAGGUUUACAAAUCAUCUAGUAUAAUGGUUUUGCCCCUCUAAUCUUGCAGCUGAGUUGAAGAAGAAAAACACAAAACCGAAGAUGCCAUCUAUAAAGUCAAUUUUUGAUGGUGAAUCAGACACAUCAGAGACGUCUGACAUGGGCACUAAUGAUGCUGAGGGGAGCUUUUCUAGUCAAUCAUCUUCAAAGCAGAAUGGAUCCCCCUAACUUGGAAAAUUGCUUGAUAGAAGAAAGGUGCUCGUCAUCAAUGAAUUAUCUCGAUGUUCAAGCAUCUGAUGCCGUCACGAUGCCACCUGUUGCAUUUGGUUUGUUGGUGGCUUUGCUUGCAGUAACUUCAGGUUUGAUCAAAGGCUCAAUUAGGUCUAUGGCAAAAGGAAACAGUCACAAGUGUUUUUUAAUCUUUUGUAACACAGUUAAAAACAAACAAGAGAAUGAAAAAGGAAAUUGAAAAUUAGAGUAAACACGGUCGUUUUAUAAUUUAGACAUAAAGCGGUGAAACGCUGUAUCAAGACAGUCAUUGCCAUAUAUAUACAAUGUGUUCUUUGCUUUGAAUUUAAUGAAUGAAACAUUUUCAU